CUGUGCAACAUCUGCGCAUAGAUCAUUAGAUGGAUUUUGAGUCUCAUGAAAUCUUAGAAGUUGUGCCUCGGGCAGGUGACGACCCCAACGGUCAUGCGAAUCCUCAGGCGGCGGCUGCUGGUGCUGGUGCCGGCGCCGGCGCCGGUCAUCCGGCAGCCGGGCAAGAGGACCCGGUGGCGGUGGCGGCAGCUCAGCGAGCUAAAGAAGACGCGGAGUAUCUGGACAAGAUGCGCGGGUGGCUGAUGACGGUGGCCACGCUCUUCGUCGGCUUCGCCUUCCAGGCGGCGAUGCACCCGCCUCCGUGGAUACUGCAGGACUAUCUCCGACUGUUGAUAGCCGCGCACGGCGGAGCCGCUUCUGACGCCAAGACCAAGCUGGCCAACGACGAGGGCCUGCUCGCUGCCAGGGACGGAGGCCUCACGGUGCCAUGUUUCAUGGCGCUCAACAUGCUCACCUUCGCGACGGGGCUGGUCCUGCUGGUCACGCUGCUCGUGAUGAAAAGGGGCCCGUCCGGCAGUGACAUGAAUCGCAUAACGUUCCUGGUGAAGGGUCUCGCCGCCACUGUGGCCUGUACGUUUGCCGCCGGUGUCUCCGCCGAUCCCGUCGCUGCUUUGCUGGUUCUUGUUUUUCUCACGCUGUACGCCAUCUUGGCUUUCGUCAGAGUCAUGGGCUGGAUCCGCGGAGUAAUGUAUCAGCGGGUGUGGCAACUAUUGCAAAGGAGAAUAGGAUCUUAGAGUAGGGCAUUGUGAUGAAAAAGUGCUAGGCGAAAGCGAGGUAGUUGGCCUUUGUCUAGUGCCUAGCUAGGCGGCACUUAAGAGCUCUAGGUGGGCCUAGGCGGUUGUGUAGUUAUGAAGAUAUUAUGUGUAUUUGUGGUAUUAAAUAUGUAUAAA